AGACAGCCAGGAAGUUUUCAGGCUGCUAGUUUCACAGAGGAGUCCAGAAGGAGAAACAUACUGUCAUAGCACACAGCUGUAAGAGCAAACUGCUGAAAGUGAAUAUAUACAGAUUAGCAUGAUGUUGCGGUUACUUCUUCUGACUUUGCUUCUCAUGGUCAAAGCUGCUACAUCAGACCAUGUAGAUGGUUCAGGACAUGGAGAGUUCCCAGAUGAAGAACAAGACGACGAACCAGAAAUAAGACUAGGUGAAAGCCAGGGAGUGAAACAUGAAUUUGACGAUGGAGAUGCUGAAGAUGGAAACACCACAAUCAUUAUCAUAGCAGCAGUGUGUGUGGUCACUCUGGCUGUUGUGGCUGUAAUAGCCGUAGUUCUCUUCAGACGUCAUUUGCAGAGACGGGAACAACAAGGUGUGUACAGUGUACCAGUGGAGCAGGGCCAGAAAGGCGUAUAAACUUGCAGUUCUUGACGUCUGCCUCUUCUGGGAUCUCAUCAGGGACACAUCAACACAAAAAGAGCUCCAUUAAAAAAAACACACUGUCAUCUCUGGCCAUUUCUUCUGUCCUACUUGUCCACUAAUGCCUGCUGCAAAACCUCUUGGUUACUUGACCUGCCAUUAUCCCAAAGCAGGCCUUUUUUUCUUACUGUCAUCACCUUUCACUUCUUUUCAGAUGAUUUGAUUUUAAAUUAAUACACUUGUUAUAAUGCCAUGGACAAUGUGUUUUUUUUUAUGUUUAAAACCCAUAAACAUCUCUAGAGUGCUAUUUGUUGCAGUGUAGCCCCCAUGAUUCUUUAUCUAUUCCACAGCAAAUGCACUUUAAACAUCUGAGGUUAGUCAGAGCAAUCAGAUAAAUUCCCGCAAAUUUUUCCCUUUAUGGUAAGCCAGUUUUCUGCAUAUUUUUCAACUGCUCUCAUGCAGAAUCUCGUAGACAUUCAAGGGUGUGGGAAAAAAAAAUACAGAAACUGUGUUUCAUGCGUAGGGCUGGCUGGGCUUAGCAAAAAUAUAACCAGAUGGUGACUGAGGAACUACGGAUAGACCUGUGACACUUUAAUUUCAUAUAAGAAGUAGUUAUGUCACUGUCUUUUAUUUUUACUCUAUUUUCACUGGAGUGCUAAUCAGCUCACGUUGAAGUGGCUGGUGACCUUUAGCACAAAUAAAACCUCUGAAAUCCCAGGACCUGGAGGGGACAAGUGGGCACUAUUUCCACCCAGGUCACUACUGUGGCAGGGAAUCUCUGAGAGGAAUAGCUUUUUACAUAUGUGUUUAAGCGAGUAAGCCAAAUUGCCUCUGUAUGGGUGUAAAGACAGUGUGAAACAUACCUCCGUAGGUGUCGUAUUCAUUCUUGCUUUUACUCGAUUUUCUUGCUGCAGGUCUUUCUUUCAAAUAAAGUGGUGCUCUAAUUGCAUAGACCUCUAGAUGUUUGGGCUUGACAGGCGUGUGUGUUGCAGCACUUGUAUAAGAGUUAAACAGUGUAGCCUACAGUAUAACAAUCCUGUAAGUCUCUCACUGAAUGAGUGCUUGCAUUGAUGGCAUUUUAGAUAAAACAUUUCAAAUAUAUCAUACUCUUAUUAUAAUUGGAUUUGAAAACACACAAUUCCAUUUUUACACAAUUCAUCUUUCUAGGAAACACUGUAGUGAUUGUUGCUCUUGUAAUUAUUGUUAUUUUUUCAGGAAAAAGCGUCAUCUAUAAUCCAUUUUUCUGUUGAUUUAUAUUUUUCUAUCUGCUUUGCACCGAGUAUUGAUUUUACUCAAGAUGACAGAUUUCUUUCGAGUGCUUGUUAUUUGUCCUGUUUGAAACUGUUUUCUUAGAAGACAAGACAUGAACUUAGCCAUUUUAUAAUAUCCUUUACAGUCUUGUAAUAAGGCAAUUUAUUACAGCACUUAUGGAUACAAUAAAAAUGUGUUGAAUGCAAUGUAGCAUUUUAAUAUAAAUCAAAACAAGGCAUAUUUUCAAAAUCUCAAGAUGAAUAUUAAGCAUAAACCAAGAUAUGAUUAUAAAACCUAUUUUUUAGAGAGUAAUUUGAUGUCAUCCACCUCUCAGCAUGUCUCACGAACAGUUAUGGAGGUUUGGGAAGCAGCACAUUUGAUCAUUUGUCAGUUAUUAGGCUCCACUUUUGUUUUCAUACCUUAUUAGCACUCAUGAUUUUAAUGCUUUGUCUUAAAGGUGUGGUGUUAAGAAGCUUUGCUGUUACUGCUUUGUGAAUAUAUUUUGUUUAGGAUUGGUUAUGUCUUUAGAUAUUUUUAUAAGAAAAUGUUUAUACAACAUUGUCGAUCAGCAAGUUGACUGUCUAAUCAUGUGAAAUUAUAUUUCAGUUUAGGGUUGAACCAUUAGGGAAAUCCGAUAUUAGAGUGUGACUUGUUCCUCUUCAGGAGGAGAAGAGUACAAACUGUCAACUUAUGAAACCUUUUUUUUUUUCUGUUUAUAUAUAUAUUCCUGUCUGCAAUCUCUCACACACAUGUUGAAAUUUCUACUGAAAACAAAUGUUUAUGAGAUUUAUAAUUCUUAUUUUCACAUACUAUCAAAACUUCAAAAUAUAAAAAAUAUAUAUAUACACCUA